AUGGCCCUCGGUGCCCUUACAACCGCAUUCACGCCGCCAUCGGACUGUGCCACGGCGGGGCUUGGCUACGUAAUUAAUUCCCCCCUUGACAACACGUCCACCGCCAUGUACUUCCUGACUACCGGUGCCCAAAACCCAACUUGCUUCCCCUCCAGCAAGGUACCGGAGUCUACUGAUUACUACUCGCCAGGCCUGUGUCCGCAGGGAUAUACUGCGGCCUGCCUUACGUCGACUGUGUUGUCCAGAGGAAACGGGUUUGAGUCCAUCGUGACAUGUUGUCCCACUGUACAAAAGUUCAACUGCUUCAGUGGAAUCCCGAGCAGAGAUUGGGGAGGCAGAGACUUUUGCACAGCAACAGUGACCUCUGCCACGAUCAAUGCUGUGCCGACAUUGUCAGACAGUCCAGAAGAUGGCCUAGGAAUGCUCGUCCUCACUAGUCCAAUCGUGAAUGCACUUGGGAUACAAGUGCGCCACCAGUCCACGGAUUCAGAGAUUCUAGGAUUUUUAACACCAACAAUCAGUGUAUCACCUUCUGCUACGAACGUGCCUGUUACGUUGUCUGUUGCGCCUCAGCUGGAUGAUAUAAGCUUCACGGGAAUUAUUAUCGGUGGAGGUGUGGCACUUGCUCUGCUGAUUCGAGUGUCGUCGAUUCUCGCACUACGACAGAAGUUGUACGGCAUGUCGAGCUUUCCGCCUCGCGUGACCCCGCGGAACUGGGAAGCACUUCCAGACCUGGAGAGCUUGGUGGAUGAGACUGGUGACGAUUAA